UCAAAAUGGCGGCGCUCUCAGAGCAGGAAAAGGGAGCAGGGAUGGAAUAAAGGCCGCCAGGUUCGGCCUCGGAGGGAAUAAAACGGCCGAGUCGUGGGUGGGAUUGUCGGCUCGGGGGUCAGCGGUUCAGGCGUUGUCGGCGAGGAAAGGAAGGAGGGCUGGGAAGGGAUGGGAAGAUGGCGAGCGAGGCGGGGAGGAAGCAGUUCUGGAAGAGGAACGUCUCCAGGGUGCCAGGCAGUAUUCAACAUGUAUAUGGAGCUCAGCAUCCUCCUUUCGAUCCACUGUUGCAUGGAACCUUAAAACCUGGAACCAAACCACCAACAACUCCUGUGAAACUGAAGAAGGUCAGCACAUUUCAAGAAUUUGAAAGCAACACAAGUGAUGCCUGGGAUGCUGGGGAUGAUGAUGAUGAACUACUUGCAAUGGCUACAGAAAGCCUUAACACUGAUGUAGUCAUGGAAACAGCUAACAGAGUGAUUCAGAAUCAUAGUAAAUUACAAGAACAGCACAAAUUGCAAGAGGAACAGGUGGAAAGACAACAAGCACAGCAACUUUCAGACCUGCCCUCAGCAUGUGGUGACAACAGACUGGUUAAAUCUGUGAGUGAAAGCAACACAUCAACUUCUACAGAUAGCGCUAAUGAAAAUGCUUCCAUGCCAAGAUCUCAGUCCCUUCCACAAACCUCAACAGUAACUAUGGUAGGUGGAAUGGUGGAUCACCAUACCUCAGGUCUUCCCAUAUUGUCGGAAAGAGAAGCGUCACGAUUAGAUAAAUUCAGACAACUUCUUGCUGGCCCAAAUACAAACCUUGAAGAGUUAAGGAAGCUAAGUUGGUCAGGAAUUCCAAAACCUGUACGGCCAAUUACGUGGAAGCUCCUCUCAGGUUACCUCCCUGCAAAUGUUGAUCGGCGGCAAGGCACUUUACAGAGAAAGCGGAAAGAAUAUUUUGCUUUCGUUGAACAAUACUAUGAUUCACGGAAUGAAGAAACUCACCAGGAUACAUACCGGCAGGUGAUGGAAUUGAAAAGUGGUAUUCAUAUAGAUAUUCCUCGUAUGAGUCCGGAAGCUUUAAUUCUUCAACCCAAAGUAACAGAGAUCUUUGAAAGAAUUUUAUUUAUCUGGGCAAUACGUCAUCCAGCCAGUGGAUAUGUCCAAGGCAUUAAUGAUCUUGUUACUCCAUUUUUUGUUGUCUUCACUUGUGAAUAUACAGAAGAAGAUGUGGAAAAUUUUGAUGUUUCUACCUUGCCUGCUGAAGUAGUGCAGAACAUUGAAGCUGACAGUUUCUGGUGCAUGAGUAAACUACUUGAUGGGAUUCAGGAUAACUACACUUUUGCACAGCCAGGUAUUCAGAAGAAAGUGAAAAUGUUGGAAGAACUCGUUAGCCGGAUCGAUGAGCAAGUACACAGACACUUAGAGCAUCAUGAAGUGAAGUAUCUUCAGUUUGCUUUCCGCUGGAUGAAUAACUUGCUGAUGAGAGAAGUUCCCCUGCAGUGCACCAUAAGGCUUUGGGACACAUACCAGUCUGAACCAGAGGGUUUUUCUCACUUCCACUUGUAUGUCUGUGCUGCCUUCCUUGUCAAAUGGAAGAAGGAGAUUUUAGAGGAAAAAGACUUCCAGGAACUACUCAUCUUUUUACAGAAUCUGCCCACAAUGCAUUGGGGAAAUGAAGAGAUCAGUGUUCUCCUUGCAGAAGCCUACAGACUGAAGUUUGCAUUUGCAGAUGCUCCCAACCAUUACAAGAGAUGAAAGAACAAAAAACACGUAUACUGCUGUUGUGGCAUCAUUUUCAUUAUUCUGCUUUUGUGAGACACUAUUAUCCACCUGUAUUCAUAUGGAGCGUUUCAUUGUAGUUCAGCAAGAAGCUAUGUGAUCAUUGGAUUACCAAAGAAAUAGGCGACACAGGCUGUUGAGAAGACCAUGUUGGCUUUCGAGGCUUUUGUUCAAUCCCUAUGGAAAAGUUGGAAGCUCACUUUUCUUUUUAUCAUGCUUCCACUUUCCUUUAGUAAUUGACUUAUUAUGUUAAUGAAAAAAGUGCUUUAUGUUCAUUGGUAUCUAAUGACUGAUUGUCUUGUCUCCAUGAGCUAGUUGAUUGUGUUCAUUACAGUAUUUUGAUGGAAAUAUUUCUGGUGUCUGGUGCUUGUGAGCUAAUAGGAAUAAUCAGUCUUGCGUUGAAAAUGAGGACAAAUGAAUUGGGUGGUAAGGUCACAUAGGAGUUGUAUGGGUUUGUUUUUAUUUUAGUUUGAAACACAAACUAUUUAAAUACCUUUAGUGUUAUCUUUGUUUACACAAUGAAAACAGGUAACAGAUUUCAGUGGAACGCAACAUCUAGAACUUGGAAAAGUAUGCCACAUACAUGAACAAAGGAGUUCCCCAGAUGUUAUACACUGUGAUGUGCAAAUAGUGUUUAAUAAAUUAUUUCACUUUAGUUUCUGAAAUAUGCUGGCUAUACACUAAGAAAUGGAUUUCUUCUACUAUAAUAAUGUAUUCAUAACUUAAAACUAUCAAAUAUUUUCCGUAUAUAGACUUCUAAUCUUUAAGGAUUUUUUUUCUGUAAUGAGAAUCUUAGUUUACAGUAAAGAAUAUAUUUUAACGUGUUGUUGCCUUAUCCUGAAUUUCUAACAUGCUAAGAACAUUUUAACAAAAUCUCUAUCUGAUGCAUUUUAUGCCUGACUCCACCAACCAUAGACUGGUUUGAUUGUGGAGGAGAGAAGCCACAGAAGGAGCCAUCAACCCAGACAGCUAUUCCACCUUUUGCAUGGAUUUUUCAUUGUGUUGGGCAGAGUUUGGAAAGCUGGACAGCUGGUGAUUGUGCUAUUCCAGUCGACCGUGUUCUUAACAAAUUAGGUUGGCUGAUGGUUUUAACACUUUGGCCAUUUACAUUUUAAAAAGAAGUGUGCCAGAGGAAUUCACCUGCAUCAAAGAGACAUGCACUUAAAGAUUUAUGCACAAGUGGAUUGAAAAGCUUGUCUCAUUCAAAAACAUAAAUCAGGUGAGCUAUUAUUGUUUUAACUUAAGUUUCUGCACUUUAUAGAAGGCUCUGGCAAACAUAAAGAGUUACUAACUUACUGUAAGAGCCCAUUUAUCCAAAUAGGAGACUUGUGGAAGCCAGUGUUGGACAACUUUGGAGUAAAUGUGGGGUUUUUGAAUGUUCACCACAUCAAAGUCCUGUGUGCUUGGUAAACCAGUAUGCCACCACUUUCUCUUGUCAGCUGCACUUUUCUCCCAUCAGUCCCAACUGGGCAUGAUGUCCCUAAAUGGUUAGGGAUGAUGGGGAUAGUAAUUCCAUCAACACCUGGAAAGGCAGGGCCCAAUCUAGAUCUGAACGAUGGAAAUCAGAUGGGAUCAGCCCUAAACUGUGCGGACAGAAAAUCUUUAUUUCAGGAGCCUUCAAAUGUGCCUUUUAUGUUGUUUUUUUAUGCCUUUCAGUUUAGCUGUACUUGUCAACUUGCUGUCUGAGAGAAGUGUAGAUGUCUGAAUAUAUGAAAAUGUUAGGAAAUAGAACUAUUUACACUCCCACACCCCUAGAUUACUUUGGAGGAUUGACUAGAUGCAUGUUCUUAAGAGGCUAUAAAGAUAUCUUAAGGUUUUUUAUUUAAAAAUAUUGUGACUACAUAAUUAUUUACAAGUGUCUUAUUAUUUAGCCAUGUGUGUUUUGGGGGCACUGGCUGUGAAAGCCAGUUUUGCCCCAGUUUUAGUCCUCAUUUUCCAGCACAUGGCUCUUGAAUAGCUUUAUUGAAGUAAUAGGUUUGUUCUGAAUAAGGGCUUAUAAGCCCUUUCACGGGGAUGAAAAUGACUGAGACUGCAACCACACUGUAGAAAUAAUCCAGGUUCACACUGCUUUAAUUACCAUGGCUCAAUACUAUGUAAUCCUGGGAAUUGUAGUUUGUUGUGGCAGCAGAGCUCUCUGAGAGAAGGCUAAAUGUCUCACAAAACUACAAUUACCAGAAUUCAAUUGAGCAAUAGUAGUUAAAGGGGUUAAAGUGGUGUCAACCUGGAUUAUUUCUAUAGUGUGGAUGCAGCCCGAGAGGUUCUAAGUCAACAGGAAGGUUGAUCUGAUGCUGCUGCAUUACCUAGGAAAUGGUAAUGCAGCAUUGUUUAAAAGGGAGCAAAUGUACUGCUGCUACACCUCUCUUUCCAGAAAAUACUGUAGUGUGCAUAGGAGUUUGGGUCUAGUGUAAUACUAGCAGGAAAUACCAUAGGUUCUCAUUUUGCCACAAAGUUAUUGCAUACAUACGUCUCCCACUUAUUUGACAGGUUUCUGUCAAAAAGCAGAAAUUGAUGGAAUGCAGAACCAUUAUGUGCCAUUGUGACUAUUACUGUACAGUGCUCCAGUCCCUGACCUGUUAAAUAAACAGAGAGAAACCUUUCCCUUGAACCGAAGAGGCAGUAUUUUCCUCUCGCCUUCCCUCCUCCAGUCUCUCUAAUGGUACAAGCUGCCUACUCACACUCUGCAUGAGUGGCUGUCAUCUUUGGCAAGAGCGACAUCCUCCACCCUUCCCUGGGCAAAGGAGAAGAAAGGGGCCAGAGCGCCCAUCAGGCGUUGAAGUCCCUGCCAAACUAUAAUUCUGAUUGAUUUUAACUUGGCUGGAGCACCUCUAAGAGAAGUGAGGGUGGUGUUGUAGGCUAUUACCCCACAUCUUCUCUCUUUAACGUCCCCUGUCUUAUGUGUGAGGUCCCCACCUCUGCUCAGUCAACCCUUUUAAAUUACUGUAUAGCCAAAAACAUUAAUUCAACACAUGGUCAAAAGAGUGGACCAUGCAUCAAAUAUACAGGUUCUAGGAAUAGUUUACAACAGUUAAAAUGGUGGGUGAUUGAAAAGUAGGAGACACCUGUAGUAAUAAAUGUGGAGAUGAGAUUGAGUUCUGUGGAAUUGUUCAAUAUGUCUAUGGACCACAGGGUAUAUGUCUUCUUCAAAUACCAGAUAACUGCUAAUUUUACAUUCUGUAUGAUUUCUCUGCAAUGUUUAUCUCUUAAGUUUACAAACUGUCAUAUUGUGCCUAAAAUAAUCUUCCAUUAGCAGAACUAAGAUAGAAAUACAUAACACCUGUUAAUGAUGGUAAACAUUUUAUUAACACUUAAAAAGAAGGGGAAAGUUGUAAUAUAUACAGAUCUGGGAUUGUUAGAAAUUGAAUUAUGAGAAAUGCUCACGUCCAGAGAUAUCUGGUGUGUGAAAUGCAACAAAUGUGAAUAUUUGAAUAACAAGAACAAAACGCUUCCUUUAUAAGUUCCAUUUGUGGGCUGACUCAUCACAGCUUCCAAGUUCCAUUAGGAUUUGAAUUGCUUCCCAUUAAAAAAUUAAAAAGUAUAUUAUGCUGUGGGUUAAAAAUGGAAAGGCAAGGAAAAGAGAUUAAGCACAUCAGACUUUCCUGAAUGCAAAUGUAUUCAGAUGUUUUAUAUAAAUGGGGUAUUUUGCAGAUGACAGAAUUUCAUGCACAUCUUCCCCUAUAUAUGCUUCUCUUAAAAGGGAAUUAUGCUUAGUUUUUGAUAAUUUUUUGUAUCUCAGGUAAAGUGCCAUCCCAACCCAAUGUUUCAUGGAAGAAAUAUUUCUGCCAUUUUUACACCCCUUUACUACAACAAGAAUACUAAUAAUAAAUUAAUAAUUCCAAUACAAAAAAUAAAUUGGUAUCUAAUAUAGAUAUUCUUAUGUUGAUAUUUUUCAAGGCAUCUCACUAAUGUAGCCUGAUUUGUAGUUUCAUAAGAGUUCAUCAGGAUGACCUGAAGAUGCUGUUGUCAUAAAUGCAAUAUUAACUAAUCUCUGUAACAAAAAACUGUACAGUGCAAAUAACCAAUUUAUAUCUAUGGUAUAUGCUAUGAAAUGUAAAUAAUAAACAGUCUAUUAUAAUGUGUAAAUAUAAUACAGAAGAAUAUUAAAUAUGCUUCAAUCAUCUGUACAUGUCAAAUAUAUUAUAACAAACUAGUUACACUAGUCUUUAAUUUCAUAUGGAAGAAUCCCAUAGAUUUGUAUUUAACUUGAGAACUCUACAAUAAAAUGUAAGUACCUAA